GGGACGAUGAUGGGGAUACGGGAAUUUCUGCUUGCUCUCAUCAUCUGUUUGCUGAUUAUGCAGUUUCUGAAGCUGCUCUGGAUGCGCCGCCAGUAUCCCUCUGGACCUAUCCCGUUCCCUCUCAUUGGGAGCCUCUGGAAGGUCGGCUGGAAGUUUCGCCGGGAUGUUCUCUUGAAGCUCGCUAGCAGUUAUGGAAACGUUUUCACCCUGUGGGUAGGGCACACCCCCGUGGUUGUGGUGUCUGGAUACGAAGCUGUGGAAGAUGCACUGGUUAGCAAUUCUGAUGCACUGUCUGGGCGACCACUGAUCCCCUUUUUUAAGGUUCUGGGAAAUGAAAAGGGUAUUAUGUUUUCCAAUGGUGAAACUUGGUGGCAGCAGAGACAUUUUGGACAAGCUAUUCUACAGAAGCUGGUGAUCGAGAAGAAAGAUCUGGAGCAUCAAAUAGGAGAGGAGGGCCGGCAGCUGGUGGAGGCCUUUGCAAAUGAAAAGGGGGAACCCAUGGACCCUUCGUGGCAUAUCUUGCAUUCUGUCUCCAAAAUGAUUUGCGCUGCUGCGUUUGGGCACCCUUUUCCCAUCGAGAAUGAAGCCUUGCACACGCUGACGGAACAUAUUAAUACCAUUACAAAGUUCGGGGGCUCUCCUGGAGUUCUGUUAUAUAACAUGGUUCCUUCACUGAUGAGAUACAUCCCUGGACCACACCAGACAGCGAUAAACUCCUGUGAAUUUAUACGGUCCUUUGUCCGGAAGGAGGUAGAAAACCAUAAGAAGAACGGGCCUCCCCAUGAGCGCAAGGGCUAUGUUGAUUUCUAUUUGGCUCAUAUGAAAAUAGAGAAACCCGACUUCGAUUCUACAUUUAAUGACGACAACCUGGUACAAAGCGUUGCCGACUUCUUCAUCGCGGGCACGGAUACCACAGCCGCUACCCUGUCCUGGGCACUGCUCUUCAUGGUGGCUCAUCCUGAUAUCCAAGCGAAAGUCCAAGACGAGCUAGACAAUGGUCUUGAAUCCUUCAAAGUAGUCUGCUACGAUGACCGGAAGACAUUGCCCUAUACCCGGGCCGUAUUGAACGAGGUCCAGCGCUUCAGCAACGUCAAGUUAUUCGGACUCCUCAAACUGUGUACAGAGAAUGUGAACAUCCUUGGCAAUUUAAUUCCAAAGGAUACCCUUGUGCUCCCAGAUCUUUGUUCAGUCCUCCUUGAUCCCACGAAAUGGGAGACACCUGAGAAAUUCAACCCUAACCACUUCUUGGAUAACGAUGGGAAAUUUGUCAUUAGAGAUGAAUUCUUCCCAUUCGCCGCAGGAGAUCGGUCAUGUGUGGGGAAGAUAUUCGCACGGACUCAGCUCUUCAUUUUCUUUGCAUGCCUCCUGAAAGCGUUUUCUUUCCGCCUGCCAGAGGGAGUGGAGGAAGUGAACACAGAACCUGUAAUAGGGGCCGUGGUCUAUCCCCAUCCAUACAAGCUCUGUGCAGUCCCUCGCUAG